UUACCACAUCAUUCUUAAUAUCUCUCUCUCUCGCUCUCUUGUACUAGUAAUAAAUAUUGUGUUGUAAUAAUAUUUCCUCUGUUUUCGGAACUGGCGUUAUCUCAGGAAAUUACUCUGGAAGAAACAAGAAACAAAGGGGUGGUGUUCGCCCUAUAUGAGGCCUUGAGCUCACGUGACGUUGCCAAGGUCCAGAAACUACUGGCCACUGAUCUUGAAUGGUGGUUUCAUGGUCCACCUUCAAACCAAUAUUUAAUGCGCAUCUUAACUGGAACUGCCGACUCAGACCACCAUCUUUUUCAGUUCAUUCCUCAAAACAUUGACGCCUUUGGAUCAACUGUCUUAGUUGAAGGUUGUGAUCCUGACCGUUCAAUUACUUGGGUUCAUGCUUGGACUGUUACUGAUGGGAUAAUUACUCAGGUUAGAGAGUAUUUUAAUACCUCUCUUACUGUUACUCGACUUGACAGUAAUAGCCAGGCUAUAUUGUCACGUCAUUGCCCUUCUCUUUGGGAGAGUAGUCUACCUAAUCGGGUCGGUAAGUCGGUUCCGGGUCUUGUAUUAGCUCUCUGAUGGGCUGAAGUUGUUGUUGGCGGUUGUAUAUUUGUGUUUGCGAGGAUGUAAGUUUAACGGUUGGUUGGUUUGGGGGUUUCUGUAUUUUUAUUUUAUCUGCAAUAUUUUAAUUUGCUA